AUGGCGACUGGAUUCAAGGACAGUAGUACUUCCAAUGCCAAUAGUAUUACAAUCCCUACAUGUUCGUUUACCUAUGUUAGUACUCGCACACAUCAGCCAAGACGUGUUACUGGCGUGGAACGUACGUGGGAAUAUUUGAAGGAACGAUUCAAUCGAGCAAGUGAAGGUCUUCCAGAUCUCUCUACCAGAUAUUUUGAAACUACUGGAUUUGGUCCGUUCUUGUUCGCAGUUGCGGACGACGCUGUAUUCUAUCAUGACGAAGAAAAAUGGACUCAAUAUAAAUCAGCAUCCGAUAUCGAGUAUGGAACUAUGACUAUAGAUUUGUAA